AUGGGACGAGGAAUGGUAAUACCAAUGACCAGAGUGGAGGGUUUGGAGGAGGUCAAGCUUGCUCUGAAGCUGGCUUGCAUUGAUCCUUCACUUGGUGGCGUAGGAAUCUCGGGCGGCCAUGGAACCGGAAAAACGACGCUGGCUCGCUCGCUCAGAGGCGUCCUUCCAAAGAUUGAGGUGGUUGCAAAUUCGAUCUGCAACUGUGAUCCGAGCAAACCAUCAGAGUGGGACAGAUUAACUCGUGAACGACUUGUGCGCGAUGACAAGGGUGAAGUGGCGACAAAGGUGAUCGACUGCCCUUUCAUUGAGUUGCCACUCGGGUGCACCGAAGACCGCCUUGUGGGAUCGUUGGAUGUUCAGGCAUCUAUGGAAGCUGGACGACCCAUUUUUGAGCCAGGUUUGCUUGCAAAGGCGCAUCGAGGCGUCCUGUAUAUUGAUGACGUCAACCUCCUUCAGGAUGACCUUGUGAGUUUGCUCUUGACCGCGGUGGAAAGCGGAGUGAAUCGCGUGGAGCGAGAAGGCUUAUCAGUGGCUCACCCUUGCCGUCCACUGGUCGUGGCCACAUGGAACCCGGAGGAAGGUCCUCUCCGGCCACAUCUUUUAGAUCGUUUGGCGGUUUCGUUGAACACAGACAUUGACACAGUGUACACCGACUUGGAUGAGCGCGUCAGUGCGGCGAAUGCAGCACUUGACUUUGCCGAGAGGCCUGCGCAAUCCCUGGAAGAAAGCAGUGCUGAGAUCUCUGCCAUGCAGACACAGCUUCUAUUUGCACGGGAGUUCCUCAACGAUGUCCGGAUCAGUCCAGAUCAGCUUCAGCGACUAGCGGACGAGGCCAGUCGAGGUGGCUGCGAAGGACAUCGCGGCGAAGUUUUUGCUGUGAAAAUUGCUCGGGCACAUGCAGCUCUUCAGGGUCGCGAUGUUUGCAAUGCAGAUGACCUGAAGGAGGCGAUCAAACUCGCAAUUCUGCCGCGCAUCAGAGUACAGGAAGCCAACAUGCAGGAGGAAAUCGAGGAAGAAGAGGCACCUCCGCCGCCGCCUCCUCCACCCCAGUCAGACAUGGAAGAUCCAGAGGAGAUGGAACCUCCUCCUCCACAGGAGCAGGAGGAGGAGGACAGAGAGGAAGAGGAUGAACCAGAGCAAGACCAGGAGGACGAGGAAGACCAAGACCCAGACGUUCCAGAGGAGUUCAUGAUCGAUCCGGAAGGUGCUGUGGUUGACCCAGACUUGUUGAAGUUUCAGAGCCAGCAGAAGAAGAGCGGCCGUAGCGGCAAGGGCAACAAGAUCUACUCCAUGGACCGUGGCCGUUAUGUCAAGGCAAUGCUGCCCAAGGGCGGUGACGCCAAGAGCGGGAAAAUCGCGCUGGAUGCCACGCUCAGAAAUGCAGUUGUCUACCAGAAGAUCAGGAGAGAAGAGGCAGCCAAGAAGCUCAAACCCGAGGACCAGCGCAAUGUUUACGUUGAGCGGAGUGACAUCUGGGUGAAAAAGAUGGCCCGCAAGGCCGGGGCUUUGGUAAUCUUUGUCGUUGACGCAAGCGGCUCCAUGGCCCUGAAUCGCAUGCAGAAUGCGAAGGGAGCUGUGCUUCGCUUGCUUGAAAACGCAUACCAGAAUCGCGACCAGGUGGCCCUCAUCCCAUGCCGCGGCAUUUCAGCAGAGGUGCUCGUGCAGCCCACUUCGUCUGUGGCACGUGCCAGUGGAAGCAUGAAGGUCUUGCCAUGCGGUGGUGGUACUCCGCUUGCGCAUGCGCUUUCACAGGCAAUCAUCCUCGGAAGUAAUGCGAUGAAGAGUUCUGACGUUGGGCAGGUUUGUUGCGUGGCCAUCACCGAUGGCCGUGCAAACGUCCCCUUGGCGGUGAGCGAAGGGGAUCAGAAUGCCCUGGAUGAGAAUGGCAAGAUGAAGAAAGUCCCCAAGGAAGAUCUGCAGGAAGAAGCCUACGUUUUAGCAGACAAGAUGAGGGCCCUGGGUUUCAAGUUCCUCCUCAUUGAUACAGAGAACAAGUAUGUUUCAUCGGGAGUUGCCAAGACUCUUGUUGACCGCGCCAACGGAAGGUAUUACUACCUGCCGCGAGCAGAUGACAAAGCAAUUGCUGGCAUAGCCAGUGACGCCAUCAAUGAGAUGAAAGCCAGAUAG